AUGUGGUCAACACUUUUCCGCGAGUACAUGAUGCUUCAAUCUUCCAAGUGGGCGUGUUGGUCCAGAUAUUUGAGAAGAAUUGGCAAACAUCCUGACAACCAGAAACGAGCGUCAAAUAGAGUGACAGUGAUGUCGUCGAACACAUUUCUCUUCACCUCGGAAUCAGUUUCUGAAGGACAUCCCGACAAGAUGUGCGACCAAGUCUCUGAUGCAGUUCUCGAUGCUCACCUCGCCAUUGAUCCCGAUGCAAAGGUUGCUUGCGAAACGGUAACUAAAACGGGUAUGAUCAUGUUGUGCGGCGAAAUCACAUCUAAGGCAAAUGUCGAUUAUCAGACGCUUGUACGAGAGGUGGUGAAGAAAAUUGGAUACGACGAUUCCAGCAAGGGUUUCUGUUAUAAGACAUGUAAUGUCCUUGUCGCUCUAGAAGAGCAGUCACCCGAUAUUGCUGCUGGUGUUCAUGUUGAGAAAGAGGAAGAGGAAGUCGGAGCUGGUGAUCAGGGAAUCAUGUUUGGUUAUGCUACUGAUGAAACUGAGGAGGCCAUGCCUCUCACUCUAAAGCUUGCACAUGAGUUGAACGCUAAACUUCACGCUCUGCGUCGCAACGGAACUCUCGAAUAUGUUCGUCCGGAUUCGAAGUCGCAGGUUACCAUUGAGUACAAGUUCGAGGGUGGAGCAUGCGUACCUCUUCGCGUGCAUACUGUUGUGCUGUCCGCUCAACACUCACCGGCUGUAAGUCUAGAGCAGUUGAGAAAGGAACUACUUGAGAAGGUAAUCAAGGCCGUUAUCCCAACAAACCUUCUCGAUGAUAAGACCGUCUACCACAUCAACCCCUGCGGUAAAUUCAUCAUCGGAGGACCAAUGGGAGAUGCUGGCCUGACAGGCCGCAAAAUUAUCGUUGACACCUACGGAGGAUGGGGAGCUCACGGUGGCGGUGCGUUCUCUGGAAAGGACCCCACCAAGGUCGAUCGUUCCGCUGCUUAUGCUGCUCGUUGGGUUGCCAAGUCCCUUGUGAAAGCUGGAAUUUGCCGUCGUUGCCUGGUCCAGGUUUCUUACGCCAUUGGAAUUGCCGAACCUCUCUCUGUCAUGGUGUUCUCGUUCGGUACAUCGGCUCUCAACGAAGCAGAACUUCUCCAGAUUGUAAAUGACAACUUUGAUCUGCGACCUGGAAUGAUCAUCAAAGAGCUCAACCUGAAGAGACCGAUCUACGAGCGCACAGCCGAGAAUGGUCACUUUGGACACGCAUCCUUCCCAUGGGAACAAGCAAAAGAGCUGAAAAUCUCUGCAGAACUUCUCGCAAAGUCCAAGCAACCUGCCCGUGCAGAAGAUGCAGGUGCGAUAGCGCACUGA